CUUUUAAAGGUGGCCUUACAUCGUCCGCACUUUCGCUGACUUGUGAAGUUGCACACCCAGCUGAAAGGUUAACGACGGCUCCAUGACAGACGCUGGCAGUAGACCUCUUCCAGGUCUUCCCCCAGGAUCCCCUGUUCCUAUUUCGAGAUCACCCACCAUGUCGCCAUCGCUGUUUCAGCAGACUCCGCGCGACACCAUUUCGCGAUCGUUUUGUCCUGUAGUAGCCGUUGCUGCCAGUUCAGAUGCAAACGAUGCAGCCAAAGCCAACAAUCUGGGAACGUUUAUAGAUCUAAUACAACCUUUUGGUGAUCUCAUUGAAGGCAGAGUAUCUCCGAGAGACUCUCAAGGAUUGCCGAAUCCGAUAGAAAACUUUAAUAUUCGAUUUGAAGACUUCAAUAAUCUUGGCGCCAAAGAUCAUAGAGCAGUAUUCAGAGUCAUUGAUGAUUAUGUCAAGAAUUGUACAACAGGAGUUAUGGAUCAGGACCUUAAGAACAUUGAAAAGGCAGCAGAUAUUGGAGACGACUAUCUUGGAAAAAACAUGGAUGAAAUGACGCCUUGGUACGCUGAAUUUAGACACCUUAUUCUUUCGAUCAAGGGAAUCUCCGAGCAUGAGACGUUUGACCAUCCAGUCGCUAUCGUAUAUGCUGUCAGCUCAUCUACCCCUGACCCGAUGGCGACUAUGAUGGAGCUGGUUGAUUCACACAGCAUUGUGCCUGGCUCGGAGCGAGGAUUCAUAGACCCAAAUAUCUUACGGUACUAUGUCCUGAUCCAUGAUGGACAUGUAGCCAGUAUUGAUACCUCUAAUGAGGUGCUUGAUAAAAUGAAAAGACAAUUUGGAUUGCAUUGCCAUUUAUUGAAACUCAAUACACGACCUCGAGAUGUACCUACCGGCGAUUUGUUAUCCGGUGAACAUACCUUCAAUCAAGACGCACCACCACAGCAAACCGUCGAAUAUGCCGCUCGACAACAAAUAUGGUCAGAUUUCUUGACCGAAAAGUAUGACAUUGAAUCCCGACUUCGUGCCUAUUCAGAGGGGGUUCCUCAGUCACAAGAUACUGUCUUCACGCCAGCCAACAUUCCAUCAGCUCCUUCAUCUCCUUCCGUGCCAAACUUAUCUCGUUCUACAUCAGUCUCGUCCAAUCUUGCCCAGGUUGCUCACAACGUUCAUGCUCCACUCCAAUCUGGCCCGCAAACCCCUAGUACAGAGUUCAGUUCCUUUGAACAAGCAGGGACUGGAAGUGAAGUAUGGAACACACCCAUCUCUCAAAGCUUACAAGGCCUUGGUUUGAUCACUACCGAUAGCUCGCCUCCAGAUCUAGAUUAUGGAAAGUACUUGACGACUGAAGAUAUUAUGGGAAUCAAAGUGUUUGUCCGAGAGAUGGUUGUACAGAGCUUGAUUCCGUUCAUGGAAAGGAACAUGCAAUUGUGGAAUGAACAAGUUGCUGCUGCUCGAAGAGGACUUAGUGGCCGCUUUUUCGGCGCUAGCAGGCGAUUGUUUGGAUCUUCAGCUCGGUCGCCAAACCCACACUCUGUUCAAUCUAUACCUGCAUUUGGGCCUAACAUACCUAUUGGAACAACGACUGUGACCAUAUAUCCUCAUAAUGCUCCAGAGGCUCAGAUGCGAAAACUUGCUGAUUUUGCUUUUAUGCUACGCGACUACAAGUUUGCCCUCAAUAUUUACGAGGCUGUGAAGCGAGAUUAUGCUACAGACAAAGCUUGGAAACAUCAUGCAGGUGUACAAGAAAUGAUCGGUACCUGCUUGCUUUUGGCCAACCAGCCAUUACCUAGCAAGAACGAGGUUGAUCAAGCUUAUGAGAAGGCCGUACAGCAAUAUCUGACACGUUGCAUGUCAUCAUUCUUUGCCACUCGUUCCACUGUCAUCUAUUAUGAAUUACUCAAAUCAAGAAGAAUGUGGAGAGAGGUACCAACUGCAUUGGUGAGGAUGACUGGUGAGGAUUCGGAUUUGCGUAGUGCAUUGUUCCUGGAACAAGCGGCACAUUGCUUUUUACGAACACCUCGGCCUAUGGUUCGAAAGUAUGGGUUCCACUUGAUAAUGGCUGGCCAUCGAUUUGGAAAAGCGGUGCAACGUCAGCAUGCUUUCCGUUGUUACACUCUGUCAUACAAAAUGUUCGCCGACCAUGGUUGGACUCUUGCUGAAGAUCACAUUAAUUUUGCUCUAGGAAAGCAUGCAUUCCACUUGGGUGACCUUGAGACUGCUGUUAGCUACUUUACCAAACUCUUGAAGAACAGCCAGCAACCUCCUGCUCAACAAGUCGCUUAUCUAAGAGAAUUCUUAUUUAUUUACAAGCAAUAUGCAGCGCAAGUUGGAAUCGACCCACUAGUACAAUCUUUGGAUGGCCUACCUCUACCAGUAUUCGAUGAUAGAAGCGUGCGCGUUGGCCUUUCCAAUGAACAAGAAUCGAGCGAAAAUGAAGAUGUUUGGUUGAGCAUGGAAAAAGAUAUGUUGGACGAGGAUAUAUCGGCUGGUGUUAUUACCGGACGACGAAAGGCGCUGGCUCUUCGACAGCAUGACGAUGCAAGACUUGUCUGUGCCGUUGGUGAACCAGCAACAGUCCACAUUCAUUUGUUUAACCCACUUCAAAUUUCUAUCUCAUUUUCCGACAUCAUGCUCGGGUGCAUGUCCACUGAUGCUGAGGUUUCCUCUGCCGAAGACGAAUCUUCCUUUUCUCACGAUAUGAUUUUUGGCGCUCACGACAAGGAAACAGACAUGUAUGCGUUCGAAUCCUUUGAGCUACAGAAGAUAGACGAAUUGGUUUUAGAACCUCUUGAGAGGAGAACGAUUACUCUUGGAGUCAUACCAAGGAAGGAAGGGUCCAUCCGCAUUGUCGGCCUCCACUAUACCCUCAACAAUCUUGUACACACGUUCCACAAGUUUGAGAAGAAAGGAAGACGACUUAAUGAUACAAAGGAGCAUCAAAUGGGGACGUUUUAUGGCCCAGACAAAUCGUUGGAUAUUCAUGUUACUUCGCCAAUGCCGUUAUUGGAUGUUGCUUUCCACAAAUGUCCAGAGCUACUUCUUUCCGGAGAAGUGUGUCAGAUCAUGCUUGAGAUCAGCAACAAGGGUAAUGUCGGCUUGACUGCUCUACGAGUUAUGACUAGUCACCCGUGCUUCUUUUCCAUCGGCCCCAGUUCAGAUAGCGACAAGGAUGUCUAUAUGUCAAGCGAUACCACUGAAGCAAGGACUGAGCAAGUCCUAAGCCAACAGCGCAAUGAGUUGUAUAAUACAAGUGUAUUACCAAUCGAACUUCCUGCUAACGAUAACGGUGCUCGUAUAUUGGAGCCUGGCACCACCACUUUAAUACCUUUAUGGAUACGUGGCGAUCGUAUUGGCAAACAUCUUCACAAAUUUUUAUUCACAUAUCAGUCGGUGAACGAAAACAAAGCCAUUGCCCAUCGUAAUUUACGAUAUACUAUUAGCACUCAGGUUCUACCAUCUCUGAAGAUUAAUGCGUUUACAAGACCCAGUACAAAGUCACUUAAUGAGUUCAUCCUUGGUAUUGAGACUGAAAACUUGCAAACCGUAGCUGAAUUCCAGCUCAACCAACUUACAGCUGCUAGCCCAGGCUGGACCAUCACACCUUUGAAUAUCGAUUUGGAUUCAAGCGACGAUAUGCAAUCCAAAGCAUUCAUCCCACCUCGACAAACCACCUUCACAUACUACAAAAUCCAUCGUGCUAGCCAUUCUGAAAAUGCCGAAGCCAUCUCUCCAGAGCGUUGGACAUCAAAUGCCCUCGAAGGCUUACUAACAAAUAGCCAGAAAAAUGAGCACCCACCACCAGUGGAUUUGCACGUUACAAAUUUGUCGUUUAGAAAACAAUUGAUACCUUAUGAUGUUGAACCUCUCCACAGUUUCUCUUCCACAUCGCGUAUGCUAUGGCGUACCAAUACCCUUGCCACUCAAUUUCCUAGUAUUUUAAGCAAGCAACAGAAAACGACAUUUACAAUGUACGAAACCAAUGACAUUGACCUCUCACUGUUCUGGGAGAUUCCUAAACGAGUGGAUUCAGCUGUGCCUAUCCGAAGAGGUCAUCACUAUAUUAUAGGCAUUAAUCUGGCUGUUCCGCAGAACCCAUUCCAAGGAAAGCUACUAUCUAAACCGACGCCUCGUGUAAUGUUUGAAGCGACUGCUAAAGAGCGGUUACAACUUGUCAACAGCUUGACACGAAACCGAGCUUUCAAGGAUGAGAGUCCAGUCAAAAUUAUGGUGAAGUGCCAUGACUAUCACAAACACGACUUUAUUCAGGAAGGCCUGGUCACCAUCCCUAUUACAGUAUUACUGAAGAACUGUUCUUGGAGUAAAACGGUUGUGUACACUUUAGAGCUGCUUUCAUCGACUGAUUGGCAAUCUUUACAAUCUGGCAAAGGUGCGGCGGUCAAACCAGCACAGGGCCUCAAUCAAUUUCACUGGUCGGGAUCAACACUGCAAAACAACACCUUGAAGCCAAACGAAACCGUAGAACUAACAGCACAUGCUUGUUUCCAACAAGCCGGUAUUUACGAUGUUAAUCGAUGGCGCUUAUCCGUACAAAAUUUGACCGAGGAUGGUACGCCUGAUUUAGACAGUGUACCUCAUAUACAGCUACCAACCCUUCCACAAAUCAUUUCUAUCCAAUAGAAUAGAUUUCCUUAACCCUUCUCCCUAUUUUUGUUCCAAUACUACGCUCCCCUGUAGAGAAUGAAUAUAUUAUAAUGCACAUUUAAGUCGUUUGAGGAG